AGUCAAAGUUCCAACAUUACAUCAUAAAAAACCUGUUUAGCAAACGUUUGCAGAGACAAUUGUUAAAAAUAUGGUUAAUUAUAUUGUAGGCCUAUGUUGAUCUUCAUACACCGGUACAACAAAUGCUGCUAGUAUUGCUUUGAAUGCAACGCAGCCUGGUCAAACCGAGGGGGUUGAGUCCGUGAGAGCCGUUUCCUCCUUUCCCCGUGUCAUUGGUCAGCUUAACAUAAAAGAAAAUCUCCGACGUGAAGAUUGUGUAUAAUCAGAGAGAAUGAGAGAGCUAGAAAACAGUCACGGCACAUUUGCUUAGUAUGAGAGAAAACUGCAUCUGGAUAAUCGAGCUUUCUGAGCCCAAAUUCCAGCGAUGGAAAUGUAAUUACAAACAGCAAUAAGUCUGCAUAGUCUCUGCCAACCCGUGGAAACUGCACCAUGAAGCCCAGCUCAACAUUAUCAUUACAACCAAUGCAUUUUGGGCACGCGGAAGCGAGAUUUUUGGAGUGCAGCGGCCGUGUGUGUCGCUGCAGCAGCGGCAUGAACGUGGACGCCCAUUCUAAUCGGUUUAGCACUUGAAGUCCGCUGUGUUGACUAACUUUCUCUGUUGCAUAUAAUGUUGUCUAUACUUUGGUACCGUUAAGUACACAACUAAAGAGAAAAGCUUACAAUUACAAACGAAUAUUUUCUGAUUAUUGUUAUCUGUAAGGUGGUAACGAACGGUAAAUUACUUCUACGAAGUGAGCACAAAAUUCUACAAUGAUUCGAUAAAUGAAUAAGCAUCCAACUAAUAUCAUUCGAAAAUGUACGCUAAUCUUAACUAUCAAAUAUGUAAGCCUCCGCCUUUGUCUUUUUUUCCUCUCGCAUGUUUUCACUCGAGUUCCUCCCCCUGCGGCGCUGGGCGGAGUUUCAUACCGAACCAGACGCUCCUUUUGUCGGAUUCUUUUCGACCUGACUCCCCGGGGUUCACGGCUAAAAAACAGAUACUUAUAUACAAUUAAACCGCAUAACACGAAGGCGUCGUUAAUCGAUAAAUCCAUCCGUGACGGGAUUUUGAAAAAGCCACUUGGCCAUUGAAGUGUCAAGGUGGGUCUUACUGAACUGUCAUCAUGAAUGGCAGCACCAGUGUGUCUGGCACCCAGACUGGAAGAAUCCAAAACGAGUCAAGUGUAGAUACAUGGAGCAAAGAGGACUGUCUGACACUGCUGGAGAGGAUAUGCAGUCUGCUACCUGAUGGAGACUCAAUGAAAUAUAAAACCACAGAGUCUCAUUUUGACUGGGAGAAGGUGGGGUUUGGAGGUUUCACUGGAGUCAUGUGUAAGCAGAAAUGGCAGAAAGUUUCCACAGAGGUGCGUAAAUACAGAACAAUGACAGAGCUCAUUGUGGAUGCUAUUGAAUAUGUGAAGAACCCUUACAAAGGGAAAAAAUUGAAGACCCAUCCAGACUUCCCAAAGAAACCCCUAACGCCAUACUUUCGCUUCUUUAUGGAGAAGAGAGCCAAGUAUGCAAAAAUACACCCCGAGAUGAGCAAUUUAGAUCUCACCAAGAUUCUGUCCAAAAAAUACAAGGAGAUUCAUGAAAAGAAGAAGCUCAAGUACAUUCAAGAGUUCCAAAGAGAGAAAGAGGCUUUUGAGAAGAACAUGGCAAGAUUCAAGGAGAACCACCCAGAUUUAAUAGAGGAGAGAAAGAAAUCAGACCUCCCAGAGAAACCCAAGACCCCUCAGCAGCUAUGGUACAACCAUGAGAAGAAGACUUAUAUGAAAGUUCACCCAGAGGUGAGUCAGAAGGAGCUGAAAGAAGCACUACGAAAACUGUGGUCACAACUUUUAGACAAGAAGAGGUUGAAAUGGAUCAGCAAAGCACUAGAGCUGCAGAAACAUUAUGAGGACAGCAUGAGAGUGUAUUUUGAAGCUCACCCAGAUGCAAACUCUAAUGAGCACGUGAAGUCUGUCCUGACCAAGGCUGAACGGCAGCUCAAGGACAAGUUUGAUGGCCGGCCAACCAAACCACCACCGAAUGGGUAUUCUCUGUACUGUGCUGAACUAAUGGUAAACAUGAAGGACGUGCCAAGUACAGAGCGAAUGGUGCUAUGCAGUAAGCAGUGGAAGAUGAUGACUCAGAAAGAGAAGGAUAUGUUCCAGAAGAGAUGUGAACAGAAAAAGAAACAGUAUGAGAUUGACAUUCAGAGGUUUAUUGAGAGUCUUCCAGAAGAGGAAAGGGAUCGUGUGUUGGGGGAGGAGAAGCUGGGAGGCACCAAGCUGAGCAUGGCAGGUGCCGGUAACCCCCUUAGGAAUAAAUCCCCAUCUGUGAAGGAUCGGUGUCGUGGCACUGAACUGGAUCAAUGGGCGCAUGGGGUUUCAAAAGAGAAGCGAGAUGGUAAGAAGAAAACACGGCUCCCUGAAACGCCAAAGACUCCUGAGGAGAUGUGGCAGCAAAGCGUGAUAGGAGACUAUCUAGCUAAAUACAGGAAUGAUCGGAAGAAAGCACAGAAUGCAAUGGAUGCUGCAUGGAACGCCAUGGAAAAGAAGGAGAAGAUUCCUUGGAUCAAAAAGGCUGCUGAGGACCAGAAGCGAUACGAGAGAGAACUGUUAGAGAUGAGGACCGCUCUAUCAGGACAGGGACAAAGAAAACUGAAAUUUGAUGGAGAGCCCAAAAAGCCACCUGUGAGUGGGUAUCAAAUGUUCUCUCAGGAGCUCCUAACCAAUGGUGAGCUUAAUCACUUUAGCCUGAAGGAGCGCAUGGUGGAAAUCGGCAAACGAUGGCAUAAGCUUAGCCAGAGCCAGAAGGACAAAUAUAAAAAACAGGUGGAGGAGCAACAGCUCGAGUACAAAGCUGAACUUGAAUCCUGGGUAAAGUCACUUUCUCCUCAGGAGCGUGCAGUUUAUAAAGAGUUCUCCUCUACAAAACGACGAAGCCCAACAAAAGCGCAAGGUUCAGGGGGAAAAGUCUGUGUAACCAAGGGGAAGGCGGUAGGUGCCAGAGCCACGGCGGUGGGUGUCGGGGGGGGCAAGCGUUCAAUGGCGUACCGGGCCAAGCAGGACACAUCAGACUCUGAUGAUGAUGACAAAACAGACACCUCAGACUCAGACUCAGAAGAGUCAUCCGGCAGCUCAGAUAGUGAUGAAGAUGAUGAUGAGAAUGAUGACGAAGAUGAUGACGACCAGUCAGAUGGCUCCAGCAGCUCAUCAUCUGAAGACAGUAGUGACUCCGAUUCAGAUUAACCUGUCCCAUCCCCUCAUAGAUGGGGCUGUGCUGGACACACCCCCUAGCAACAUCCCUCCAAGAAUGUGGGAGGUGGCUUUGUAGCUGUGAGCUCACAGCAUGCAGUAAACUGGUUCCUUAUCAUAAUAGGGCGAGAGACAAGAUGGGGUCCAACAGCUCAACCCAUCAACAUGUCUACGUGACUAAGACAUUCAGACAACUUUUUUUCUUUUAAAGGAACUUGUGUGGUAAUAGCAACAAUUGUUAUUGCCUUUAUAUAGGUGUGUUAUUAAAAAUCUGUUUUGGCUGUUUGUUUUGUUCUGUUUUUUAUUUUAACUUAAAAAAAUAUUAAUUUGAUUAAGCCAGUUGAGCUUGGAAAGCGGAAAAAUGGAAAGCAUCAGGGUUGCUUGGAGGUAGAUGCUAGAUGUGAGAGACUUUAAAAUGGGGGAGAUGAAUCCUUCUGUUUAUAUUUGUUUGCCUUAGCUAGUUGCUGGGGAUAAGAGGGCUCUACGAGCUGCUCAUGUCUUGUUUGGAUCAUUCUGUUGCAGAUCCUCCAUAAUAAAUGCACUU